CGGCGCUCACUGGGCGCCCGGCUUUCGCCCGCUGCUGCCGCCGCCGCCGCCGCCGGCCGCGGCUGCUCUCCCAAGAUGGCGGCUCCUCCGGGCGAGUACUUCAGCGUUGGGAGCCAGGUGUCGUGCCGGACGUGCCAGGAGCAGCGGCUGCAGGGCGAGGUGGUAGCCUUCGACUACCAGUCCAAAAUGCUGGCUUUAAAAUGUCCCUCUUCCAGUGGAAAGCCCAACCACGCAGACAUCUUGCUCAUAAACUUACAGUAUGUUUCAGAAGUGGAAAUAAUUAAUGACCGAACAGAAACCCCUCCUCCCCUAGCUUCACUCAAUGUUAGUAAGCUUGCCAGCAAAGCACGGACAGAGAAAGAGGAGAAACUGAGCCAGGCCUAUGCAAUCAGUGCUGGCGUCUCCCUGGAGGGCCAGCAGCUCUUCCAAACCAUUCACAAGACCAUUAAAGACUGUAAAUGGCAAGAAAAAAACAUCAUAGUCAUGGAAGAAGUUGUUAUUACACCCCCAUAUCAAGUGGAAAACUGUAAAGGCAAAGAGGGGAGUGCACUGAGCCAUGUACGCAAAAUAGUUGAAAAACAUUUUAGAGAUGUGGAAAGCCAAAAGAUACUGCAGCGUUCACAAGCCCAGCAACCACAGAAGGAGGCUGCCCUGUCAUCCUGAGUCCACACACACGGAGGGCUCUUCCAGCAUCCAGCCAAGGAGGCGGUGGUGGUGGCUCCAGCGGAAGCAGGCCGGGGGAGGGAAGGGAUCCUGUAUUUCCCAUUGGCUCUUGUUAACAAAGGGUCGGCAUUUCCAAAUCUUAGACUUGAACAAACAAAACACCCAACAAAAAAGAACAAGAGAAUAAUUUAAAAGUUGAACCAUUACUUGACUAACAGACUUCGGUCCACCAUGUCCUUUUCACAGCCCCCUCUGGAACGGUCACCUUGUUAGUUUCAUUUUUGAAAAUUUCUUUCUGGCUCUGCCCUUUCACCUCUGACUUUCCUUUCCUAGUCUGUCCCUGCCAUUCUGUUUUUAUAAGUGGCUACAUUUGCCUUCUGAAUGAAACCUCUACAAGAAACUUCUGAAAGAAACUUCUACAUCUUUUCCAAAAUAAAAGUAACAAGCUGACUGUGAUACUUCAGUUGAGACUAGAACAACAGACAGGUCUCACUUUAAAUUUUUCUUUUUUUUCUUUUUCUUUUUUUGCACAGGGCAUGGCUUGAAUUAGUUUUAUUUUUCUUAACUUUAAAUAUAUAUAUGAAAAUAUAUAUUAAAAUGUUCUCUAAAUAUUUUCUGCUUCUUGCAGGUCUCUUUUUACUAGAUCAUGGCCACCCUUCCCACCUCAUCCCUCUGAAAA